AUGUACGAAGUUGCUAUGCGCCCAGCAUUGGCCACCGUCCACCUUCAAGAGUGGUACAACAAAAACAAAACCAAUGCUCUAGCAUGGGUGCAGUGGCUUGUUUCCAUCCAUCCCUACCUUCCCUAUCCUCCAUGCCACUACAUCAAGUCUCUUAUCACUCCUGAAAACCCCGAUCUCAUCCCCCAUUCAGUUCUCCAUGGCCUCUUCAGCAGCUCACCAGGUCUCUCUGAGCUUGUGGUUCUCAACCCUGGAGAGAACCUCCACAUCAUCCACAUCUCCUUCAUUUUCAAGUUAACUACCCUCUCUUUGACCUCCACCACUCUCCCCAGUGUUGCCACACUCACUCCCCUCCUCUCUGAACUUCCCCGUCUCUCCUCCCUGUCUGUGUCUCUCCAGGAUGGCACCAUCCCAUCUGACAUUACAGCUGAAGACUGGGGGAUUCUUCAUUCCUUCAUCCUCUCCCUCUCCAAAGUCACCCAACUCUCUUCCCUAUCCUUGUCAGGAUAUAGAAGCGAGUACGUGCAGGCUUUUGAGUCUGAGUUGGCGGAUUGGAUGGCCAUUGAGACACUUGGUGUUCAGUCUCCUCUUUUAGACCUCAACCAUCUCAAGUCCCUUGAACUCUGUUUGUGGCAGCCGUCUUUGGUCCCUCCUACCCCUUCCCUUCUUCAUCUCUCUGUCUACUGCGACAGGACCUUUGCAGUCCUGUGGGCUCAUCUCUUGCCCCACCUUCUCACCAUCAAUAUCGACUUCAACCUUGAUCCAGAUUUUCAAUACAUCGAUAAUGAUGAAGACCAAGCCGACUACCAAGGCGAGGAGUUGCCUUUCGCUAUUCUCGAUCAUAUCAAGUCCUUGGCCUUCCUUUCCUUCAUUGAACUCUGGUGGGAGGAUGAUGAAGAUAGUCUCACUGUCCCAUGUGAGAUGCUUACCAGAGCAGCGGAGUGCAAAGUCAGGUCUCUAACAAUUGAGAACUUCGUGGAGCAGAGUCGAAGUAAUUUUGAUGUCAUUUUGUUCAUUCUGGCUGAGAGGCUCUCUCCAGUUCCUCUCAUCCAUCUCAGCAUUGGCUUUUCUGUGGACCUGUUUGAAAGGCUCAACAUGGAUGGUCAGAUUGCUUGCAAGAAGCUGGCUGAGGUGCUAGUCAGAGCCAUCCCCACCCUGGAGGUUCUGCAGCUGGAGAUUUCUGAGGUGCAGAGGAAGAAGGACAAGAUGGAGGGCGCAGGAGAGGCCAACCUAUGGUGGAGAAUCCAGCGUCAGGAUGAGGUCAUUCACUUGGAAGAGAUCUGGAGUGAUGUGGGUGAGGCUGCAGUGGGUUUGAUUCAGAACAAGUCCUUCAGCCUUGAGAAUCUCAGAGACCUGUUUGUUAAGAGUGGUAUCUACUACAAGAUCUAA